UCCAAUCCAACCCCACCUGGUUUUCCCUCAAAUUAUUCGAACGCACAUUCCCAUCACAGCUACAUAAAUAGGUUACCUUCUGCAUCCUCAUGAGCGGUCCUCAGCCACCUCCGAGUUUCCUUGACGGAGACAUUGAGAUGAUCCCGAUUGCUACUGCUAUGGAGCAAGUCGCUGGCUCACUUCGGGAACUGAGAGAACAGUAUGAAUACGAUGACGGCGAUGUUCAGAUGGAGUCCGCAUUCGAUUCUCAAGAUGACCUGCUCCUAAGCAAUCAACCCUUCCGAUUGCUGAUCCUCGAUACCAACAUCCUCAUCGGUCGCCUCAGCCUGAUCGAAUGGCUAGGCGAAUUGCUCAUAGCCGCGCGCAGGCUUCAUAAGGGAUCCCACUACCAGUGCGGUUUAUUGAUACCCAAGAUGGUCCGAUCGGAGCUAGAUAAACACAAGAUGCCACACAACAAACAGCGAACCGUAACCGCACUGGUAGAACCCCCACUGGUCAAUCCAAGUCGCCUCACUCAAACCUCGAUCCAUAGUCCCGAAGGCUUGAGACUAGGAAGGAAAACUUUCUCAAAUACCAGUCAGCCUAUUCGAAUCAGCUUAUACGAGGCUGCCGAUCAAGCUAUCAAUUGGAUGUCACGCCUUUUCAGAGACAUACCGCCGGAGUCUUGUAUCCUCAAACUUCAAAAGCAAGCUGAGGUCGCAGAUCCUACGUUAUUCAGUGCCUCCAAUCCGACCGGCUUAAAAGUGUCACCAGAUAUGCAAAUUUUAGAUUGCGCGACGUAUUUCAAACAGCUGCUCGAAGUACGAGGGGGUGGAGUGACCCUACUAACUAAUGACAAGGCAUUAUCUCUGGAGGCUGAACUUGAAGGUCUCUCUACUCUGAACAUCCAGCCUAGCGUUUCACCCCAUUCGCUGCUACACUCAUUCGAUGCAACCCUGGCACAAGAGAUUGAGACUCUGAUUUCUCAAGUGUCCCUUGCAAACAUGGUCACUGCAACUUGGUAUAAGAAAACUUCAAUCUCGCACUCAAAGCCCACUCGCCGUCAAUCCUCUCCGGAUAAAAUUGCGACGAACAACUCAUGCUCCGCUCACGACUCUAAACCUUACCCCAAGCCAAUUGAAACCCUCUCAAAUAACAAACUCGAUUUUGUUCAAGAGGCCCCCAAAGCUGAAGAAUCGCUUGCUGAAUCAUCCACGUACAUGGCCAUCGAAGUCGACGAGGAGAUGACACUAUCUGACUUAGAAGUCCCUCCACUUUUCCCACAAAUUACCUAUCACCAUAUGCUUGCCCCUUCGCAACUGUAUGAACCAAGACUCCUUCACUUGCACUAUCACAUCCAGCAGGCCGUCGGGGCUCUUUUGCGACCGCGCUUAUUUGAUUUCCUACUUCGUACGUUAGCCUGUAAUGAUAUCUCCCGGUUAUUUCAACACGUGGCUCUAGUCUUCGAACGCAAGAAAACUUUCUCGCCGAUGCAAAACUCACAUGAUCCGAACGAAUGGACAGCAGCCGAUUGUCUGACUCUAAUCGAUGAAUUUUGGAAUGAGGCUACCCAAAAACUAUUUCAAGAUGAUGUCAAAAAUGGGACGAGUAGUAAACCAAUAUCGAACUCAGCGAAGCCGAUGAUUUCCCGGUGGGCUCCUAGCACACCUUUCAUGAAUUCCGACUCGAAUGAGCAAAACUGUAACGCUUUCUCAAAUCGAUUAAGUCGGAUCCGCAAGGCGAUCCAAGUUCUCAUUGUGCAACUUCAACCUUACAACAUUUCAGAUCUACCACGAGACAACCCACAAUCGUGGCCAGUGUUGUUUUGGGACGGUCUACUCGAGGACAUCCAUAAACUUAUUUAUUAUGGUAAAUUUUACGAGUCUUUGAGUCUGGUUGAACCAGAUGGUCGGGAAUCUCAAGAUCAUCUUCUCCAAAAAGUAAUUCAAAACUGGAAGAGAGAAGCUCAUCAUCUGUGUGAAUCUGGAUGAUUCAGAAUAGCUGGAAAUAUCCCAUUACAAUCCUUUGUUUUGUGUGUUAUUGUAAGAAAAAAAAAAGUUUAUCAACCUACUAGGUGACAUUGUAAAAACGCUUUGCCUUCAUAAUACCAAUUCAACUUUGUCUAAUCUCUUAUCAAAUUAUUUCCUGCAUUGUAAGGCAAACGAUCAAGUUGUCUUGCAUUCUUCAUUGCUGGCUGGUGCCAAAUACUCAUGUUGAAUUAAAGCUCAAGUGUCAGUUCUUUCUUCCAAGGCUUGAUAAGCUGCAACUCAUAUUUCAACUCAGGAUUCACAGCAUAAAUUGAUGGGCAAUUCGAC